AGGGAGGCAGAGAGAGGGAGACAGAGACAGAGAGAAAGAGGAGAGAGGAGAGGGAGAAGGAGAUAUGCAAAAAUAUAGUGAGGAAGAGACAGAUAAACAAAGGGACAGAAACAGAGACAGAUUAACCUGGAGUGAAAGAGACAGAAAAAAUAGGAAAAAAAGUCUUUUCAGCUAAAGACAGAAGAACCUGAGACAGAAAAGAGAAACUAAAAAAAAAAAAAAAAAUUAGCCAGAAAAGUGUAGAAAGGCACUCAUUCUGAAGAGCAGAAAACUACUUCUAGAGAAGGAAGAAGUUAACUAACUACUCUCGGACUGGAGCUAACCUGCCUAAACCAGCAAAUUAGCUGGUUCCAGAGGAAAAGGAGGGAAGGGUGGGUAGGUGAAGAAAGGAGUGAGAUUCCCCCCUCUCCUGCUCCUCUCUUCACCAUUCCAGGAGGUUUGGUCCCAUUCCCAGCCUGGGGAAAGGAAAAGAAGGAUCUAGAUUGAUGAUAAUAGAGGUAGGCAAGUCAAUAGCCUCUCUGACUCUCACUAUCUACUCCUAAUCCAAGGCCCCAUGAAGGAGGAAAAACUUGAGCAUGAGGGGCAGCACCCCGAGCCUGGAGGAGCCCCGGAGGAGGAGGAGGAGGGCCUGAUCGAGUUCCACCGUUCUUACCGAGAGCUCUUCCAGUUUUUCUGCAACAAUACCACCAUCCAUGGAGCCAUCCGAUUGGUUUGCUCAAAGCACAAUCGAAUGAAGACAGCCUUCUGGGCUGUGUUGUGGAUAUGCACCUUCAGUAUGAUGUACUGGCAAUUUGCCUUGCUGUUUGGGGAAUACUUCAGCUAUCCGGUUAACCUUAAUAUCAACCUCAAUUCUGACAAGCUCGUCUUUCCUGCAGUCACUGUCUGCACUCUCAACCCAUACAGGUACACUAAAAUCCAAGAAGAACUCGAAGAGUUGGAUCGCAUCACAGAGCAGACACUUUUUGAACUCUAUAAGUACAACUCAUCACGUAUCCCCUCCAACAAGCCUCGUGCCCGGCGGGAUCUCCCGAACACCCUACCCUAUCCUUUACUGAAGAUUCGGGACCCUCAGUCCCUUCAUCGUCACCGAGCCUCUGGGGUCCAGGAGAACAACCCUCAGGUGGAUAAGAACGACUGGAAGAUUGGUUUCAUCUUGUGUAACAAGAACAAAUCAGACUGCUUCUACCAGACCUAUUCCUCGGGGGUGGAUGCUGUCCGAGAGUGGUAUCGUUUUCAUUUUAUCAACAUCCUGGCUCACCUGGACUCCCAAGACCUGGAUGAGGCUGCAUUGGGUAAUUUCAUCUUUGCCUGUCGCUUCAACCAGGUGUCCUGCAACCAGGGGAAUUACUCCCAGUUUCAUCACCCUGUAUAUGGAAAUUGUUACACCUUCAAUGGCAAAAAUAAUUCCAACCUCUGGAUGUCCUCUACUCCUGGGAUCAAUAAUGGUCUGUCCCUGACCCUACGAACAGAACGAAAUGACUUCAUUCCUCUGCUGUCCACAGUGACAGGGGCCAGGGUGAUGGUGCAUGGGCAAGAUGAACCACCAUUCAUGGAUGAUGGUGGCUUCAACCUUCGGCCAGGCGUGGAGACAUCUAUCAGCAUGAGAAAGGAAACCCUGGACCGACUUGGGGGUAACUAUGGGGAUUGUACCAAGAAUGGCAGUGAAAUCCAAGUUGAGAACAUCUACUUUUCCAAAUAUACACAGCAGGUAUGUAUCCACUCCUGCUUCCAGGAAAGCAUGAUCCGGGAGUGUGGAUGUGCAUAUAUGUCCUACCCAAAGCGCGAUGGUGUAGAGUUUUGUGACUAUAAGAAGCACACAGCCUGGGGUUACUGCUAUUAUAAACUUCAGGUUGCCUUCUCCUCAGAUAAUCUUGGAUGUUUUGCCAAGUGCCGGAAGCCCUGUUCAGUAACCAAUUACCAGCUGUCUGCCGGCUACUCCCGCUGGCCUUCUGCAACAUCUCAGGAUUGGGUGUUCCAGAUGUUAUCACUACAAAAUAAUUACACCAUCAGCUCCAAAAGUGGUGUUGCCAAACUCAACAUCUUCUUCAAAGAGCUGAAUUAUAAAGCCAACUCAGAGUCUCCCUCUGUCACGAUGGUCACCCUCCUGUCCAACCUGGGCAGUCAGUGGAGCCUGUGGUUUGGCUCUUCGGUGCUCUCGGUGGUGGAGAUGGCUGAGCUGAUCUUUGACUUCCUGGUCAUCACCUUCAUCUUGCUACUCCGAAGACUCCGGAGCCGCUACUGGGCUCCUGGCCACCCAGCCCAGGGAUCCCAGGAGGUGGCCAUGGAGGCAUCGCUACCCUCUCGAUUCUCCUGCCAUUCAGGUGCCCCCUCAGACCAGCCUGGCCCUGAGCCUUCUGCACCAGUCCCUCCACCAGCCUAUGCCACCUUAAGACCCCAAUCUGUGAGCUGAGACUUGAGAACCAGACAAUAGCCUUGAGGCCGUCUUCCUUGUUGGUCCUAGACAUCCUAGGACCUCAGUUGGCGUGCUUCCCACCAUGUCUAUCAACCCACCACCAUGCUCUCCCCUUUCUAACCUUCCAUUUUCUUUGUGUAGCUGUGGGCCUGGGAUGAGCACUGACUUGUAGAAUUAAAGAAACGCUAGAACUUC